AUGGCACUCGAACAGCGUUAUGAAGUCAAUUCGCUUAAAAUUGUACCUAAAUUUCCAAAUUUUGCACUACGCCCAUAUUUAAAGAAUCACUUAAAUCCUUCAGUGAAUCGAAACGACGACGUAUACCGAAAUUAUGACGAAAAUCGUAAUGUAGGCAGCCGACGUGCAUGCCAAGGUAUAAGUACUCCCGCUUACUGCGAUGCAAAUAGUAAAGAAAUCAACCGGCAAGUAAAAAACACAAUUGAGAUCACAAAUAGUGCUGCAAAUGAUGAAUGGUGUAAAUUGGACUGUAGUUCAUCAGCUGAAUUUAUGAAAUCCACAUCCCUAGCUAAUUCCUAUCCAUCGGGUUGUAACUUAUCUUGGAGUGUAAACGUAUUCGAAUCUAAAUCAGAAAGCGUCAAUAAUAGCACUAACUUAAGUAUGUCGCAACAUUUACCUCCAUUGAGUAAUCUGCAAGAGAGUGCGUCUUGCUCUUUAAAUAAUCAAGGCAAUUCAUCUGAUUACGAUAGCCCUAUAUUAUUGUCAAACGAAUCUAGUGAAUGUAGUGACGUUUUGGAUGUAAAGGUCGAAUUAAAUCCUACAUUUUGUAUCCCGCAAAGUACCAACUUAGAUGAUGUAUCAUGGGCCUACUAUCUGCAUGAAACAGAGUUUAAAAGCAGCUAUUGCCGAGGUUACGUCAAAACAAUCGAGGAACUAAAAUUUGUUCUGGCUCGAUUUGAGGAAUCAACCAAACUUUCAUGGGGAACAAGGCAGUCAUCUUCACAUCCUAAGAGCUCCACAAGGUUAAUGUGGAAAUCUUCGUAUGUACCAGAUGAUGGAGUACCCUUUAUCAACAUCGAUAACAGAGCUACUGUCAGGGAAUGCCAGUAUGGUCAACGUCGGUCAUCUACUCAAAGGCAAAGCACAGUUUGUUCGAAAAAAUCAAGAAAAUGCAGUUCCGAUGACGACAGAUCAUCUCAAGAUGAACUGGAUUAUUGUCCAGCUACAGUUAUAGUCAAGAACGUGAAACGAUUUCCUGGGUUUAGAGUCGAUUUGAAGCAGCAGGGGAAAAAUCUUCGCCGAGCAAGAAAAAACGCUUUAUCUAGACUAAGAAAAGCUAAUCGUGAUGAAAUUGCUGUCGAUACAAGAUACUAUGUCCAGCUACCUUUACCUGGUGCGCACAAAAAUCAUCCAAAAAAUACUGGUGACGUUGAGGAUUCCCAUUUUGGCGCGCCACAUCAUUCUCCUAAUCAAGAUAAUGCUGCUCUUAGUCAAGGAAAUAGCAAAGUUAAACGGAAAUGGAACAGUAUCAACUCAACAAAGCAGCAAUCUCAGCAUGUUAGUGAAAAUUACGUAAAUCGGAUUAAUAAUCAACAACAGUUUCAAGAAACUACUUAUAAUGCAAAUAAGGUCCAUGUCGCCUCUUAUUUUGCGGAUAGUCAUCCUCUCGAUCGAAUGAUGAUCAUACCAGAAUCAUACGAUAGCCAUAGUAUCAGCUUGGAAAGACAGCAACUGGUAGUUGAUGGAGCUAUCAUUUCUAAUGACUUAGACAACACUCUUAAUCACGUACAAUGGCCAGUACAUCGACCAUAUGACAGCAUCAAUCUAGGGCAACAGCCAUUACAGGAAAUUCCUAACAACAGUGCAGUCUUUGAUGAUAUGAUUUUGUAUCAAUGCCACGAGUCAUUUAAAACAUCCAUUGAUAACUUACAAGAUGAUACAGGCUCAAGUGAAAAUUUCUUAAAAGUCAACCACCACGAGGGUAACCUCAGUUUGCUGCCCAACUUUGGAAGCGACGAAUCUUUCUUGCCCAAUAAUCCAGAUACUACUUACUCUUCAGUACCUGGAGAAACUGAUAUCAAUAAUUAUAAUUAUAAUGCUAUGUCAUUUAUCAGGUUAUCUAACAUGGAUCAAGCCAUUAGAUGUGGAGCUGAGAACUGUAAGCGCAUUCAAGGAUAG